CGCCCGCGGGGCUCGCAGCCCGGUCAUGACCUGCUACAUCUACCAGCUGCCCUCCUGGGUGCUGGACGACCUCUGCCGCAACAUGGACACGCUUAGCGAGUGGGACUGGAUGCAGUUCGCCUCGUACGUGAUCACAGACCUGACACAGCUGCGGAAGAUCAAAUCCAUGGAGCGGGUGCAGGGAGUGAGCAUCACCCGGGAGCUGCUGUGGUGGUGGGGCAUGCGACAGGCUACCGUCCAGCAGCUGGUGGACCUCCUGUGCCGCCUGGAGCUCUACCGCGCUGCCCAGAUCGUCCUGAGCUGGAAACCAGUUCCUGAGAUCACAUCUCCCCUCCCAGCUUUCCCAAGAGCUGUGAAGCCAGGGCCUUUGGCAGCUUCUGUAAGAAACACCCAGGAUGAACAGGAAAAGGAGCAGCCUGUAAGGCCGGACACCAUUCUGGACCCAGGGUCUGUGGCGUCCAGGACCUCCCAGCAGGCCUCGCACCCAUUUCCUUCCAAGGAGGAUGCCUCAUCAGAUCUGAAGGAUGUCAGCACCUCCAUUCCUAAGCAGGAAAAGCCUUUGAGCUGGCCUGGAGACAGCCUUUUCUGGAGUGAGGCAGAUGUGGUCCAGGCAACCAGUGACUUCGACCAAAGCCACAGAAUCAGCGAGGGGACCUUUGCUGACAUCUACAGAGGGCAAAGGCAUGGGGUGCCCUUUGUAUUCAAGAAGCUCAGAGAGAUGGCCUGCUCAAGUCCAGGAUCCAUGGAAAGAUUCUUCCAGGCGGAGGUGCAGAUUAGUCUUAGAUGCUGCCACCCCAAUGUCUUACCUCUCCUGGGCUUCUGUGCUGGAAGAGAGUUCUACAGCCUGAUCUACCCCUACAUGGCAAAUGGGUCCCUGCAGGACAAACUCCUGAAUCAGGGUGCUUCAGACCCAUUGCCCUGGCUCCAGCGUGCCAGCAUCUGCUUAGGGCUGCUUUGUGCCGUUGAACACUUGCAUGGCCUGGACAUCAUCCAUGGCAAUGUCAAGAGUUCCAACAUUUUGCUGGAUGAAAAUUUCAUCCCCAAGUUGGGUCAUCCAAUGAUUCACUUGUGUCCUGUGGACAAGAGGUCAAAGUACACCAUGAUGAAGACUCGCCUUUUCCAGGCCUCAGCGGCAUAUCUGCCAGAAGACUUCAUCAGAGUGGGGCAGCUGACAAAGCGAGUGGAUGUUUUCAGCUGUGGAAUAGUGUUAGCUGAGGUCCUCACUGGCUUCCCUGCUGUGGAUAAGGAUCGGAGCCCGGUUUACCUGAAGGACUUGCUCCUCAAAGAAAUUCCAAGCAGUACCACCUCACCCUGCUCCAGGAAGAUGGGUGUGGAGAAGGUGAUGGCAAAGGAGAUUUGCCAGAAACACCUGGAGAAGAGGGCAGGUGUGCUGCCAGAGGACUGUGCCGAGGCCUGGGCCACAGCAGUCUGCCUCUGUCUGCGGAGGCGUAAUGCCAGCCUGGAGGAGGCACGUGGCUUUGUAGCUGCAGUAGAUGAGCGACUCCGAAGUCAGCUGUUCUUCGCUUGGAGCGGGUUUUCUGAGGGCACAGGCUCAUCCUCCAACACCCCAGAGGAAACGGAUGAUGUUGACAAUUCCAGUCUGGACACCUCUUCUUCCUCCUCUGUGAGGGGAGCCCCCUCUAUAGAGGCUGCCUCCCCAUCUGUCCUCACAGAGAGUGAAGCAGGAAGGCUGUCGACCAGGUGGGGAGUUGAGGCCGAUUCUUGCUCUGUGGCCUGUGCAGGCCCACAGCCUCCUCAGGAUGGUAAGCACUCGAGGUCCAGGUGUUUAAAGGGUGCUCAUGUGUGUGACCCAAAGUGGACCUGUCAUUUCUUCCUUCAUCGUCCUCAUUCACUUUUUCGUGUAGUUAUUCAGCCAUUCUCUGACCAGCCCAUUGCACAAAGAGGAACAAGGAGUCAUCCUUGAUACGAGCCUCUCCUCCCUGCCCCUCGUGUCCAGUCGGUCACCCAGUCCUAGCCAGUUGCCUCUUAAGUCUGUCACCUCCUUCUCUGCAUUGUUCCCCUUGUGUGGGCUACUGCCCUUUUUUUUUUGGGACAACUGCACAGUCUCCCCUAGCUUCUUUGAGUCACUCUUGUCCCUUCUCAUAAGUUUUUCCUCCAGGGGCCAGCAAGAGUAGUUUUUAUUUAUGUAUUUGUGUAUGCAUUUUUUGCAGUGCUGAGGAUGGAACCCAGGGCUUCACACAUACUAGCCAAGUGAUCUCUCACUGAGCCAUACUCUAGCCGAAAAUGUUUUUUAAAAAACACAAUGCAUGACACCCUUGUUUAAAGUCCCCUGCGCACUUAGAGAAGAGUGAGAACUCUUUCCUGAGACCAAUAAGGCCUGUGAGGUCCUUCCCUGUCUGCCUCUUCCUUUUGGCAAGCCACUUAUCUAAAGAGACUUUUCAUCACUGCCACUCAGGUCCAAAUAUGCCAGGCUUCCUUCUGAAAUUGACACAAGGAAGCCCUUUUCAAUGGAGUGCCCCUGCCCCCUAGUAACUGGCUCACUGAGGGUCUUGGCUCUGACCACUCCUACUCCUAUGGAGAGGAGAGAAGGAGGAGAGGAAGGCUGGAAGUACUGACUCCAGUUCUCCCCGGCCUUCGAAGGAGCAUGGGCACCCUCUCCUCCUGGGAAGGUAGGACAAGUUGUAGGCUUCCCUGCCAAGGCAGAAGCCAAGAACCUGUUUCUUGCACCUGGGGCCUGCUUUGGAAACUUCAUUUAAGUGAGACUGACCAAGUGUGACUUUCAAAGAAUUAUGAUAGUAACUUUUGUUCAAGUUGCACUUUUUACUUUCUGUUGAACAUCAGCUAGAGAAACUUCUUGGAAAAUUGAGAUCAAUGAAGCCAAAAGGAAAUUGAUGGAGGACAUCCUGCUCUACAAAGAGGAGAAACUGGACAGCAUUGAGCUUUUUGGCCCCUGAU